AUGAUAGCAUGGAUUAUAUGUUGCAUCUCAACAGUGAGCUACACCUUUCUAGUUAAUGGAGGAUUAACACACACUAUGCAAGCAAGGAAGGGACUUAGACAAGGGGACCCCAUGUCUUCUUAUGUCUUUGUGCUGAUUAUGGAAUACUUGAACAGUUGCCUAGGGACUCUGCAGUCAAUACCUGAUUUUAAUUUCCAUCCAAGGUGUGAAAGGCUGGGAAUCACUCAUUUAUGCUUUGCUGAUGAUCUCCUCUUGUUUGCAAGAGGAGAUACUGGGUCUGUCAUGUUCUUAAAGGAGAAAUUUGACCUCUUCUCGGCUGCUUCAGGAUUGAAGACAAAUCUGUCUAAGAGUCAGGUGUAUUUUGGUGGGGUGUCUAAUAGAGUCAAAGAGGAGAUUUUACAAGUCUUGGGGUACGAGAUAGGGGAACUACCUGUUAAAUAUAUGGGGGUUCCUUUAUCAACUAGAAGACUCAAUAUAACCCAAUGUAUGCCACUGGUGGCUAAGAUGACUGCUCGGAUAACAUCUUGGAUGGCCAAGGGGCUCUCCUAUGCCGGGAGAGUUCAAAUGAUCAGAUCUGGUUUGUUUGGGAUCCAAUCUUACUGGUCCCAAUUGUUCAUACUUCCACAAAAGAUCAUUAAGCUUAUUGAAGCAAUAUGUAGAAGCUACUUGUGGACAGGGCAAGCAACGGUGUCAAGAAGAGCAUUGGUGGCCUGGGAAAGAGUGUGUUUGCCUCAGGCUGCAGGGGGUCUAAAUAUACUCAACAUGAAACUAUGGAAUCAAGCGGCAAUUAGUAAACUUUUAUGGGCAUUGAGUCAACAUAAGGAGAAGCUUUGGAUUACUUGGGUGCACACUUAUUAUAUAAAAAAUCAGAAUAUGUUCACAAUGGCAAUACCAAAACAGGCAUCAUGGAUGGUGAGGAAAAUCCUAAAUAUGAGGAAGUAUUGGCACACAAUCAUAGCUAGCCCUACUUUGGUCAAAAAAGAGAAAUUUCACAUACAAGCAGCUUAUAUAGCUUUGAGAGUACCUGUAAUGGCGAGGUAG